AGCAGCCCCAGCGGGGGGUUCCCUUUGCACGCCUUGGUCUGGCACAACGACUACCGGCAGCUGGCAAAGGUGCUGGAGGAGCAGCAGGAUGUGGAGCAGCAGGAUCCUCGUGGCCGGACCCCGCUGCAUCUUGCCGUUUCUCUGGGAUACAUCGAGUCUGCCAAAGUCCUGUUGCGGCACAAGGCAGAUGUCACCAAAGAGAACUCUUCAGGAUGGACGGUCUUGCACGAGGCAGUCAGCACCGGGGAUCCCGAGAUGGUUCAUAUGAUCCUGCAGCAUCGGGAUUAUCAUCAAACGUCCACAACCCUCGGUGGGGUCCCAGAACUGCUCCAAAAAAUUAACAAGACUCCAGAUUUUUACGUGGAAAUGAAGUGGGAAUUCACCAGUUGGGUUCCCCUGGUUUCCCGCGUCUGCCCCAGCGACGUCUGCCGCAUCUGGAAGAGUGGAGCAAACCUGCGAGUCGAUAUCACCUUGCUUGGAUUUGAAAACAUGAGCUGGGAACGAGGAAGGCGCAGUCUGAUCUUCAGGGGGGAAGAUACUGGAAACUGGGCAGAGCUGAUUGAGGUGAACCAUGACCAGAAGGUGGUCGCAACGGAGCGCUUUGAAAUCACCCAGCAGAUCCAGCGCCUGACCUUGGACUCCAUGACCCCCAAGAGCAAGGAGGUGGAGAGGCGGCUGACAUCCCCCAUCAUCAACACCUCGCUGGACACUAGGAACAUUGCCUUCGAAAGAAAUACGUCUGGCUUCUGGGUCUGGAGAACAGAGAAGUCUGAAGUGGUUAACACUUACGAAGCAAAGGUCUACACAGCAAACAAUGUGAACGUGGUGACCAAGAUCCGAACAGAACACUUGACUGAAGAGGAGAAGAGGAGAUACAAAGCCGACAGAAAUCCCCUCGAGUCCUUUUUGGGCACCAUUGAGCACGAGUAUGGCGCACAGCAGGACCUCACAACAGAAUAUGCCACAACAAACAACCCGACGGCCAUCUCUCCAGAGGAAUACUUCAACCCAGACUUUGACCUGAAGGACAGGGACAUCGGAAGGCCCAAAGAAGUGACCAUUCGAACUCAGAAGUUUAAAGCAACCUUGUGGAUGUCGGAAGCGUUUCCGCUCUCUCUGGUGGAACACGUCACUCCCAUCAUCGACCUGAUGGCCAGGACCAGCGCCCACUUUGCUCGGCUCAAGGACUUCAUCACCUUAGAAUUUCCUCCUGGAUUCCCAGUCAAAAUAGAAAUCCCCUUGUUCCACGUACUGAACGCUCGGAUUACCUUUGGGAAUGUGAACAGCUGCAGCACCACAGAAGAGGCACCGCCCGAGACCUUGGAAGGGGCCCAGCAGCAGCCAGCCUCUGCCUUUGCGGUGGACCAGUCCGUCUUUGAGAUCCCAAAGUCCUACCGCGUUCAGGAUGAUGGCAGGAACGUGCGGGUGCAAGACGAAGACAACGAGAUCAUGCAGUUUGCCAUUCAGCAGAGCUUGAUGGAGUCUAGCCAGAGCAGAGAGGCCUUGAGGGCCACCUCCAACGGGGCGGUUUCCUACUCGCAGGACCUCAACCUUCAGUAUCAAAGGGCCUUGCAGGAGAGCUUCCUGGCGAACACCAGCCCCGCUGCCCCUGCCGCCCCGCUAAGGGAUUCCUCCAGUUUUGACCGGGACUUGCAGCUGGCCAUGGAGCUUUCUGUCCGCGAGCAGCAGGAGCUGAAGCGGCGGCAGGAGGAGGAGGAAGCCGAGUUGCAGCGAGCUCUCCAGCGCUCCCUCCUGGAGAAUUAGGCAGCGGGGACAGCCACAGCACGUG